AUGAGUAGCCAAGCUGAACUGAAACAGUACCUUGAAUUCGCCAUUAGCCUUGCCAAGGAUGCAGGACAAAUGAUUCGAGAUGCCACACAAAAGCGCCUAUCCAGCACCAGUAGCCAGUUUGUGGUCAAGUAUGACAACCCCACCGACCUCGUGACUGAAACCGAUCAAGCUGUUGAGAAGUUUAUCAAGGAGCGAUUAUCAUCCACUUUUCCCGAGCACAAAUUCAUUGGAGAGGAGACGAUGGCUGAAGGCGUUCAAUCCGAAUUCACGGAUGCGCCUACAUGGAUUGUUGAUCCUAUCGAUGGUACUACCAACUUUGUGCACAGCCAUCCCUAUGUUGCUGUAUCAAUUGGAUUGACAAUUGGCAAGGAACCAGUGGUGGGCGUGGUAUAUUGUCCUUUGAUGGAUGAACUUUAUUCGGCUGCCAAAGGCUUGGGUGCUUAUUUGAAUGAGACCAUUUCAUUACCCAUGGUGCGUUCCCCUUUGGAAGACCUAUCACAAUGCCUUGUUGCUACUGAAGCUGGAUCGGACCGCACACCCGAAGUGUUUGACAAAAAGAUUGAUUUCAUUCGUACUCUCCUUGGACAAAAGCAAUGUGAUGGCAAACAAGCCCAUAGUAUUCGAUGUACCGGAUCGGCAGCCAUCAACAUGUGCACUAUCGCCAAAGGUGUCGUUGACGUUUACUGGGAAGUGGGAUGUUGGGAAUGGGACGUUGCUGCAGCCGUGGUGAUUGUUCGUGAAGCGGGUGGCAUUGUAGUAUCAGGCGACAACAAGCGUGAUUUGAAUCCCGUCAACAUCUUUGGUAGAAAAUACUUGGCCAUUCGCGCUGCUCAAGAUCAACAAAGCCAGAUUAAGAUUGCAGAACAAAUGUGGGAAAUCAUUCCAGAAAUCAAUGCACCCAGGAAACCGGUGCCUGGUGGCUUCGAACCAUAA